GUGGUUUCCUGCAAAUUGUUAAAUAGAGCUAUCACAUAUGGAAAGAUGCAUAUGUAAGUGUAACCAUGCAGCUUACAGUACUGACAUUUCUGUUGUUAAUUUUCGGUGUUAGCAUUAAAGCACAAGUACCAAAUACGAACAAAACUGUAAACCCUCCACCUUCUCCUCCUCCUCCGAAUCAUAAAGAGAAACCUAGCGGAGAACAUUGGCCUGGAUUGUAUAAGGAUAAGGACAAAAUUAGAAACAGAUUAGCUGACUGGUUGUUAAAUGGAAAUUGGGGGAACGACAGUGCUCCUCCAAAAGAAAGACAUUAUGAAUAUGAAGGAUAUGACGGAUUUUAUAACAACAUUGCGGUACCCGACUUAGGAGCUAUCGAUAAACCCCUUCUGAGGAGGUGGCCUGCUGCUUACAAGGACGGUAGCUACGAACCUUCCGGAUAUGACAGGCCGAAUCCUAUCGAACUCAGCGAUCAAUUGCUAAAUGGGGAUAUUGGUCAAAUGUCACAAAAAGGAAGAAAUGCAUUAUUCUUAUUUUUUGGUCAACAAGUAGUGGAAGAGAUAUUGGACGCUCAAAGACCAGCUUGUCCGCCGGAAUAUUUUAACAUAAAAAUUCCGGAAAAACAUAAGUAUAGGAAGUACCACACAGAAAUGCCGGUGCUAAGAACUCGUUAUGACAUGCGCACUGGAUAUAGCCCGAAUAACCCAAGACAACAGUUAAACGAAAUAACUCCGUAUUUCGAUGGGGGUUUAUUCUAUGGUACAACAAAAUUGUGGUCUGAUCAGCUGAGAACUUAUCAAAAUGGAUCUAUGGAUCAAUAUGGUCUGUUAGCUUCUUCUGAGAACGAAUUGUUCCCAGAAUACAACACCCAUAGACUUCCCAUGGCUAAUCCACCCCCUCCAAUUUAUCAUGCUCAUUACACUAAGAUGCACGAAACCGCAAAAGUCAAUAGAUUUUUUAAGUUGGGAAAUCCCAGAGGCAAUGAAAAUGCUUUCCUGCUAAGUUUUGGAAUAAUGUGGUUCCGUUGGCACAACUACUUAGCAAAAAGAAUCCGACACCACCAUCCUAAAUGGUCUAGUGAAAAAAUUUACAAUGAAGCCCGAAAAUGGGUUAUAGCGACCCAGCAGAAUAUAGUAAUGUAUGAAUGGUUACCAGUACUUCUAAGUAUAUCGAAAAAUGCAUAUAAUUAUGAUAAAUAUGAUCCAAGCGUAGAUCCUCAAAUAGAUCAGUUCUUUCAGUCAGCAGCUUUCAGAUUUGGUCAUACUCUGGUAGUACCAGGUGUCUACCUUCGUGAUUAUAUUCGAAAUGGUUGUAAAACAAGGUUUAAUUCAUGGAAUAAACCUGCAGUAAGGACUUGUAACAUAUUUUGGAGACCCCAAGAACCCAUUCUGAAUAGAACAGAGGAAAAAGAAUUUCUUGACAUAGAUAGACUUUUAAUGGGUAUGUCGGUGCAAUUAACAGAAAAGGAAGACCAUGUUAUUGUCCCCGAUUUACGUGGAAAUGUUUUCGGACCUUUGGAGUUUCCUAGAAGGGAUUUGAUGGCAAUUAAUAUACAAAGAGGUAGAGACCAUGGACUGCCUGAUUUUAAUUCUGCAAGAAAAGCAUUUGGUUUAAAACCAUAUACAGAUUUUAAUAACUUUAGCGUUUCAAAUGAGAUUAAAACCAAACUUAUGUCAUUAUAUAAAAAUAAUAUAAACAAUAUAGACCCGUGGAUAGGAGGAAUUUUGGAAACACGUGACGGACCAGGGGAAUUAUUUGCAAAAGUUAUCUUUGAUCAGUUUAUAAGAAUCAGAGACGGUGAUAGGUUCUGGUUUGAAAAUACACAAAACGAAUUAUUUACUACAGAUGAAAUACAAAGAAUAAAAGAUCUCACCAUUUAUGACGUGCUUAUGGCUGUUACAAAGAUGGACGCAAAUGACAUACCAAAAUUUGCAUUUAGAGCUCCAAAGAUAAAUGACAGUGAUUUGAUUGCAAAAUGUUCUUUGACAAAAUUCACAACAAAAGGUAGCGAUGGGGAAUUUUAUCAUUUGCAACAGCUGAAUGAAGCACUUUUAAAAGAAAACUGCACUGAACCUGGUACAUACGACUAUAUGAACAACAGUGAAAUCUCAUAUAUAUUUACCUUCAUUGGCAUCGGUACUUUUGUCAUAGGAACUGCCGGUGUUGUAUACUUACUCAUAAAAUUAAAAGAGAAAAAUAUUGGUAAAUUGAAUGCCAGAAAUUUAGAAAAUCAAAGAUAUUCUCUUAAAAAUGAGAAACGUACGAGAUAUCCACAUUUUGUUGUAAAUGAAUGGAUAGGGAAGAAAUAUCCUCUCAGGAAAGUAGUGGUAAUUUUGAAACAAGACAACAAACAGAUCUGCGUGACAUGCUAUGAUGGUAAAGUGCUUCGAGCAUUGGAUUUUACUCAUGGGAAGAGCAAAAUGAAAAUAGUUAACGUCACAGAUGAACCCACGCUGGUUAUACAGUGCAUACACAAUUAUGACUUGGUUUUAAAAUUUGAAACGGAUUACUUAAGGGAUCACUUUUUAAAAGAGUUCAAUGAAUCCUUCAUAGGUGAAGUUCUUGAAACGGAAACGAUAAACUUGAAUUGGAAUUCGGCACUUAAAAUAAUUUUAACCAAGGAUGAUCGCCAAAAAAGAUUGGAAAUGUUCUUCAGAGUAGUUUUCGCUCAAGCUUUCAAAAUAAAACACUCCAAAAAUGAAAUACUUAGAGUAGACGCUUAUGUUGCAAAAGAAGUAAUAGACACUGAGCUGACCAUAUGUGAAUUCGCAGAUUCUCUUAGCAUGAGUUCUAACAAUGAAUUCGUGAAGAGGAUGUUCUCUUUAAUCGACAAGGAUAAAAAUGGUUUCAUAUCUUUCAGAGAAUUUGUAGACUUGCUCAUUAUAUUUGCCAAUGGAGAUGAGGAACAAAAAGCCAAGUUGCUUUUCGACAUGUACGAUAUAGACAGCACUGGUGAACUCAAACAAGAAGACUUUGUUACUAUGAUUAAAUCUUUCUUAGAAACAGUUGGUGGUAAAGUUGAUGACGAGGACAUUCACAAAACUGUGAAUCACAUGUUGGAACAAGCAGGAAUAGCACAUAAAAAAAAUAAUUUGACCUUUGAGGAUUUCAAGAAAAUGAUUGGGGAGGACAUAAAAAAUUUAAAUACGGCCAAACUAGGGUUUAAAGGCAUUAAAAAACAAGACCGUGGAUCGUUUCUACAGGAUGCAAAAACAACCAUAGAAAAUAUUUAUCAGAGUCAUCAGGAAAUUCAAGCUCGGUUUGAAGGACAAAGUAGUACUGAAAAUGGUGGUGAUACGAAUGAAAGCAGAAUUAUUGAUGAGCGUCAAGAAGAAUUGAUAAGAAUUCAGGAUAGAAGUACCACAACGGGAAGAAUUCAUGCAAUAUUGCGAUUUAUAGAGUUAAAGUCUAAAGAGAUUUUUUGGAUGACUCUUUAUACAUUCAUCUUACUCGCUAUUUUUGCUGAAAGGGCCUACUACUAUACCGUUGAGCGAGAGCAUUCUGGAUUAAGGAGGAUAGCCGGAUAUGGAGUGACCAUCACUAGGGGUGCUGCUUCCGCUAUGAUGUUCACUUAUUCUUCAUUAUUAGUAACGAUGUGCAGAAACACUAUUACUUAUUUGAGAGAUACCGUAGUAAACAAUUAUUUUCCUUUUGAUGCAUCUGUUGAAUUUCAUAAGUAUAUUGCUCUUUGGGCAUUUGCAUUCACAAUUAUACACAUCGUAGGCCAUGCUUUCAAUUUUUAUCAUAUAUCGACACAGACAGCAGAUGAUUUGACUUGUCUUUUCAGAAAUUAUUUCCAUUCGACACAUGAACUGCCGAAAUUUCACUACUGGUGCUGGCAAACUAUGACCGGACUUACCGGUGUAUUAGUAACUUUAGUAUUUUGUGUCAUGUAUAUGUUCACACUGCCAAUUAUAAGAAGAAAAAUUUACAAUUGGUUUUGGUACACUCACAACCUUUAUCCCGUAUUUUUUAUAUUACUAAUUUUACAUGGCACUGGAAGACUCAUUCAACCACCUUUUACGUAUUAUUUCCUUCUUGGACCUUUAAUAUUAUUCACACUGGACACAUUGAUAAGCGUUAGCAGGAAGAAAAUUGAAAUUCCGGUAAUACACGCAGAAAUUCUACCUUCCAAUGUUACUAAAUUAGAAUUCCAAAAACCAGAAAAUUUUCAAUACAAAGCUGGUCAAUGGGUUAGAAUAGCUUGUUUAGAACUUAACAGGAGCGAAUACCAUCCGUUUACACUGUCUUCCGCCCCCAACGAAGAAACUUUGACUUUACAUAUUCGUGCGGUGGGGCCAUGGACCAUGCAUAUUAGAAGUAUAUACGAUAAUAGUACCACUAACGAUACAAAACUACCGAAGAUAUAUUUAGACGGUCCUUACGGAGAAGGUCAUCAAGACUGGAACACAUACGAUAUAGCAAUUUUAAUAGGAGGGGGAAUAGGGGUAACACCUUUUGCAAGCAUUUUAAAGGAUGUGUCUUAUAGCGCCAACAAACUAAGAACACGCUGUAAAAAGGUAUACUUCAUUUGGGUGUCUAGGACUCAGAAACAAUUUGAGUGGUUGGUUGACAUAAUAAGAGACGUAGAAUCUAAAGAUACCAAAAAUUUUGUGAGCUGCCACAUAUUCAUAACUCAGUUCUAUGAAAAAUUCGACUUAAGAACUAUUCUGCUGUAUAUUUGUGAACGACACUACCAAAGAGUCGCAAAUAAGUCUUUAUUUACCAAUUUGAGAGCAGUUACACAUUUUGGGCGACCGGAAUUUUCUCAGUUUUUCAGAACUGUGCAAUACAUACACGAGUCGGCCCAACGAAUAGGAGUUUUCAGCUGCGGGCCACCUUCUAUGACAACGGCAGUUGAUCACGCUUGCAGCCAAAUCAAUUUACAAACUGAACAGAGAUUUGAACACCAUUUUAAAAAUUUUUAAUAUGUAUUUUAAACAUUAUAAUGUUUAAGUACAUUUGACUUCAAAUUUAAUUUGA